UUUCUUGACUUUCCAUACACUUUGGCUUUCUAAUCCUUUUACCUUGAAACUUACUUAUAUGGCUCUCCAUUCCACCACAUAACAUCCACAUUUUCUCUCUCUUUUUCUCUCUCUCACACUCUCACAUAUGCACACUCUAUAUUCUUAUACAUCACCAAACUUUUCCUUAAUUUCUCCCACAUCAAACAUCAUUCACUAUGACAGAUCCUAAGUCCAACAUGUUCAAUGAAUGGUUCAACUUCAUGCUCUUCCAACCUCACUACUCUUCCUCUUCCUCUUCUCAACCCUACCACCACCCUCUUGCCAAUUACUCAAACAACAGGUUUGGAAUUCAAUUACAAGGACCCUCAUCUUCAUCUUUAUCUGCAUCUUCAUCUUCAUCUUCAUCUUCAUAUUCAUAUGCAUAUGCAUAUGCAGCAGCUCCUCCUCCUCCUCCUUCUUCCCCUCCUCUAAGAGAGGCACUUCCUCUCAUCAACAAGAUAAGCCUGACAGGUGAGCAGCUCCAACAAAAUGAACCCUCAAAUGUUGUUGUGGAAGAGAGAGAAGAGGAGAAGGUGGAGAACAAUGGAGAAGAUGGUGAUGAAGAAACUGUGACUGUUGCCCUACACAUAGGGCUUCCCAGAAUGGAUACUUGUUCUGAUCUGGGGUCAUCUAGGGUGUCCUCAACUUGUAUGGAAAUGGGUGAAAAAGAGGAAGUGAACAUAAUUUCUGAGCACCCUUUGGAUAGAUUGAACAAGGGUCAGUAUUGGAUUCCCACCCCUUCACAGAUUCUCAUUGGUCCUACACAGUUCCCAUGUCCUGUGUGCUCAAAAACUUUCAACAGAUACAAUAAUCUUCAGAUGCAUAUGUGGGGACAUGGAUCUCAAUACAGAAAGGGGCCUGAUUCUCUGAAAGGAACACAGCCAACAGCUAUGCUGAGGCUUCCAUGCUUUUGUUGUGCAGCAGGUUGCAAGCACAACAUUGACCACCCAAGAGCAAGGCCUCUGAAGGAUUUCAGAACUCUUCAAACACACUACAAGAGAAAGCAUGGCAUAAAACCCUACAUGUGCAGAAAGUGCAGCAAAGCAUUUGCAGUAAAAGGUGAUUGGAGAACACAUGAGAAGAACUGCGGCAAAAUAUGGUAUUGCUUAUGUGGGUCUGAUUUCAAACACAAAAGGUCCCUAAAAGAUCACAUCAAGGCCUUUGGCUAUGGCCAUGGUGCUUUUGGCAUUGAUUGCUUGCAAGAAGAAGAUGAAGCAGCUUCUGAGAUUGAACAUGAUGGAGAACAUUCAAUAUGAAACUCAGAAAAAUAAAAAACAUAUAUAAAAGGGUGAACUGUUAUAUAUCCAGUUUCACAUGCAUGUUUGUAAUAGACUCGACCUAGUGUCUACUUUUCUUCUUUUCAGUUUUGUUUUUCCAUAAUCAUGUGGGUUGCUACCUUCAUUUUAAUUAGCAGUAUGUACUAUUUUAAUUAUGAUC